GCAGAGAACGACCAUCAUGAGGGGUGUUUUCCUGAUUGCAAGCUGUCUGCUGGCUACGCUGGUGGUUGUCAGCCAUGCAGCGACUCUCAGACAGCGCCAUAUGGCGCUGGUAGCAAACGCGGGCUGCAGCGGUGCGGGAGAGCCGUUCCCCAACCCUGAUGACUGCGGCAGCUUCCUGCAGUGCGAAGCAUCGGGCGUCGCAGCGGUCAAGCAGUGCCCCGCCGACCUGCACUUCAACGCGAAGCUCAAAGUAUGCGACUACCCGUGGUCCGCCAACUGCAAGGAGGCGGACAGCUCGUCUUCGGACAGUUCUUCUCAAGAAGGCGACGAUUCCUCAUCUGAAGAGGCAGACAAGGCCGUUGCUAAAGUCAGUAAGAAACUAGAGUCAAGUGCACCAGCAAAGACACCAAAGGCCAUUGCUCUUCAUGCCUAAGAUUGCAUUACAUUUCUCCAUGCGCCACGUCUGACAAAGGUCUGAAUGACUCACGUACGUUCAACUAGUUCACUUUUAUUGCUUGGUAGUAAAAAUUCACGAAAACAGUUCUGUGACAAAUGCAUCUCUUUCAUAAACCGACAGAAAAAUCAGAGCCGUUAAUUACGACAAGGAUAAUUAUUGUACGUCAUUAGUCUUUAGUUUCUGCCCUCUGAAAACCUUUUGACUUUCUGGAUCAAUACGUCUGUGAUAAAAGACGACUGUAAGAACUAUAUAUCUCGUUCGACUCAAGCUUUUCAAAGCGGCUUACUGAUAACUUUGUUAACUUUUGACGUAACCUGUGCUGUGGAAAAAGCAGUAUAGCAGGAAUAAAAGUUGCACCUAAGAAAUAUUAACUUGGUAUGCGGUUAUUUACGUGGCUGUCUAUGUCAGAAGCCAAGAACCAAGUAAAGAAUAAAACUACGGCCGUUAUUCAUGUGACACAAACAGAUUGACUGUUGUGCUAGUAUGUAGCUAUUGAAAUUGUAAUUUAGAAUGUAGUGAUCAGCAAUUAUUUGAAAUAAAUAUAAAAAAUAUA